GGCUGCGAUCGCAGUCGCUGCUGGGCAGGCGGCCAGAACGGAACGGAGCGAGCGCCUGGCGGACGACGGCAGGCAACCCGCUGAUCGCGCGAGACGAGCGCGCUGCAUACCCACUCUUCUGCUUUACAUAUUUAUUGGCCGGGCACGGGAGUUUGUUUCGCGCAGCUCAAAUUGCCGCGCAAAUUGCGUUUGCGAAGAAAAAUGGGGAUCGAAAUCGAGUUGGCCGCGACCUCCGCACCUCCGGCGCAGCGUGGGUGCAAUUUUGACGGUGUCGACUUUCGCCGUCUAAUCAGUGUCCGCUGAUUUGCCAGUUGAUGGUGAGUGCUAAUCAUGCUCGGUCGGUGCUUCUCCGACACGUGAAGCCGAGUGUGAUGCACGCGUGCAUUGUUCAUGAAUAAAAAGCAAUCUCGCGGCCCGAUCGAGAAAAUAUUUUCCGGCGCGUGUGAUUGAUCGGUGGCUGCGUCGGCGGCGAUAAGCGUUGAUUAAUGACGACGCAAUGAACGCGUCGACGGCCAACCUGACGCUGGCGGCGGCCAACGCGACGGAUGAGGCCAUGGAGCGGCCCCCGACGGCCGCCGACAUCCUCAGCAGCGUGGACAACGUGGUGCUGGCCACCGUGUUGCUGCUCUUCUCGGUGGCCACCGUGUUCGGCAACGGGUUGGUGAUCGCGGCCGUCGUCCGCGAACGCUACCUCCACACGGCCACCAACUUUUUCAUUUUGUCGCUGGCCGUGGCCGACUGCCUCGUCGGCCUCGUCGUCAUGCCCUUCAGCGCCGUUUACGAGGUCUUGGAGAAGCAGUGGCUGUUCGGCGUGAAUUGGUGCGACGUGUGGCGUUCGCUGGACGUGCUUUUCAGCACGGCGUCCAUCCUGAACCUGUGCGUGGUGUCUCUGGACAGAUACUGGGCCAUCACGGAUCCGCUCACCUACCCAAAUCGCAUGUCCAACAAGCGGGCCAUCGUGCUGAUCGCGACCGUGUGGCUCUGCUCGAGCCUCAUCUCUUUCCCGGCCAUCGUGUGGUGGCGCAUGGACCGCGAAGGACCCGUGCCAGACUUCAAGUGUCCCUUCACCGAGAACCUCGGCUACCUGCUCUUCUCCUCCACCAUCAGCUUCUACCUCCCUUUGUUUGUCAUGGUCUUCACUUACUGCAGAAUUUACAGGGCGGCCGCCAUUCAGACGCGCAGCCUCAAACUCGGCUCAAAACAGGUCAUGAUGGGCUCGAGCGAGCUGGAGCUGACCCUGCGUAUCCACCGGGGCGGCACUCACGGCAGCGGCUCCUCGCAGGAGGGUGGCCGGUGUGACGAGAGCAGCUGCAAUCGCGUUGCAUCGAAAAACGUGCGCAACUUCUCGUUCAGCCGGCGGCUGGCUAAAUUCGCCAAGGAGAAGAAGGCAGCCAAGACGCUGGGCAUCGUGAUGGGCGUCUUCAUCGUGUGCUGGCUGCCCUUCUUCGUAGUCAACCUGCUGAGCGGAAUGUGCCGCAGCUGUAUCGAGCACGAAGAGCUGGUCAGCGCAAUUGUCACGUGGCUCGGAUGGAUCAACUCGUCCAUGAACCCGGUCAUUUACGCCUGCUGGAGCAGAGACUUUAGAAGGGCGUUCGCUCGGAUUCUGUGCGUAUGUUGUCCCCGUCGGGUGCGGCGCCGCUACCAGGCCACCCUCCGGCCCAGGGCUAGCCAGAGAUUUUCCUCGGGACGGUUCUACUCGUCGUGCGCGCUGCACCAUGCUUCAAACAGCUGCCAAAAGACCUACAUAUGAGAGAGCAUGCUCUAGGAUGACAAAACGUGGUUGCUUUCGAUUUUUUGUAGGUUGCUAUGACGUUCUCCGAUAACUGAUUUGAAAGCGGAGCAAGCAAGAGAUGCUUUGAAAGAAAUUAAAAAAAAAAUCAAAACUCACGUAAUGUGUAUGUUAAUUAUUUUGUUGGUGGAAAUGAUGUGCACUUUUCGUAACCUGUCUCAAUGAGUGUUUCAUCGUCUAUGGUUGUUCACUGUGAGAUUAAAAAUUGUGAAAUGUUCCCAAUUUUAUUCUGACCUAAAUGGAAGUGGGCUAUUUGCCCAAUUAAAACACACAACCCUAAUUUGAUUAAAUGUU